AUGGGGAAAAGAAAGGAAGUAAAGGAACCAUCCUCCAAAGCACCCUCGCCGUCCCAUGUCCACGAAGACACGGACCCGGCUCCAACCCUAGAAGGGUCAGGGGGAAAUAAAGAUAUCGAUGCACUCCAGGUCAAGAUCGAUCAUCUCCAGGCUGAAGUCGAGGAGUUGAAGAAGGACCGUCGAGAAAACUGGUGGUGGGCAGGCUCCGGGGGACGCGGCUGGCAAAGACCCACCAUCGAAUAUGGAGAUGCGUUUACCAAGCUUUUCAUCGAGGCUAAAAUAUGGGCCGACAAUUACGUGAAAAGGGAUACGGCUGCGCUGGCAGAAUUCUCUCUCAGUGAGAAACAAAGUAUUCUUCAGAGCCUGGAUGGCUAUUGCGUACAGGAUUUGGACUGGGAUACUCUUGUAGGGUCUCUGCCGUAUCCAAUCCGUACCCAAGUGCCCCAUGCCAUCGGCCGAACGAUGCUCGUAAAGGACAUAGUCGAUAAAUUCUUCGAGAAUCCCUUUUGGUAUUUUGAGGGAAAGACGGACCCGAUAGACGUUGAGCCUCGAACACAGAGCUCGCUGUCAUUUGCAAAACACCUGCAGCAUCUGUAUGAGCAAUUCCUGAUCGUGAAUCCCAAAUCUGCCAGCCUUUGGAAGACCGAGACCGUUCGUCUUGCGAACUCCGUCAAUGAUAACCAGGCCAACAACACUGAGAUGGGCCGGCAUACAAAGAGUCGACGUGAGGGCUUGGCUCGAUCAUUCGCUUGCGCCAUGCUGAAACACCCACCAUUCCAAAUGCUACUUGAAAACUGUGAAGAUACCGCUGUUCGGGAGGCAAAGCUUGUCAAAUUCUACGAGAGAGCUGAGCGGUUGGCUAUCAGCCUCGGCUCUUCUCAUGGUAUCUGCACGUAUCGAACCCUUACAAAGUUGGCCUCGCCCUUGUUCUGGCGAGGCGAUCUAUCCGUGACUGCAGAGUACCGUCAUGUUCUUAUGCCGCACCAGCCUAGACUGGACGGGCAUCGAAUUCUGCUCAUCUUGCAGCCUGCAGUGUCACGAAUUGGAGCGGCAGUCCCUGACGGUCACUUAGAAUCAUGGACUCAAGCUGUCGCAGUGAUUGAGGAUGGCGACUGUACAGAAGAAGUGUAUCACGAGUUGCAACAAGAACGGCAAGCUGAGGCGCAUGAAGUCUACAGAGAGAGGCAGGAAACACUGGCGAAGCACCGGGCUGAAUGGGAACGAGAACGGCAGGAGAAGCAAAAAGAGGGCAAAAGAGUGGAGGAAGACACACAGAGAGAAGAGGAGGGAAAGAUUAUAGAAGGAAGCCCAGUGAAGCAAGAGAAUGACGAAGAAGCAGAUGAAGAUAUAGAAAGACCGGCACCCAAACGAGCACGCAGGACAAGAGGGGCAACAGGGGCAACAGGGAAGAAGGCAGGCCAGCAGGUGAAAGAGGAGAAAGGGGACGAGAAGAAGAAAACAAGAGGGCGUCGGGCAAAGAGAGGAAAGACGACCAAAUGA